AUGACGAAGAGCCAUUCACCGUUUUGGGUAUCCCAACUGCAGUUGGCAUAUCGAAACUCCUCGCGAGAGCGUCGCUUUACCUAUAAGUUAAAUGCGAACCGAAUCGAGAAGGCGAGAGUGGAAUGGAUUUCCAAACGCGGAGGCAAAGAUUUAGUUCAGCGUGAAGUGAGUCUGCCCACUAGGUUAGAAUCGAUGCCGGUUACUGGUAUCCAGCAUCUGCUAUGGACAGAUGUCUCACAAGGCAAUUCCCAACUGCAAUUUGUUUUGCCGGGCGACGGCAAAGCAGAAGGCUGGAAAGUGAAAGAUUGGGAAAUGGUAACAGGCCUGUUCAAGAACUCUGUAGCACCGCUCUACAAAUUUGCAAAAUACUCCGGCGAGAAGGGAGUUUACCUCAGAAACACUCUAAAAUUAGACAAUGAUCAAAAAGCGUGGGAUACAAUCCUUAGACUGCGAAGUUCAAACGGCCAAUAUUUAGAGGUUCUGUGGCCUUCUCUGAAAUACUCUCUGGCCUGUAGAGCUAUAGGUGUGAAUCAUGAUGCUUUUGAACCUUUUAGAGGCCAAAGCGUGAGCCAUCCUUUAACAGGUGAUGCGAUGCCCAUUCGUGAAUUCAAGUCUGGAUCUUCUAAUCGACAAAUAGCUACAGCUUUAGCUCCACAACUAGAUGGCACGCAUGUUCGAGCGUUUUCGGGCCCGCUUCUAUCGAGCGCCGUUAUUCCGUCCCGUCUUUGCAACGAGACCGAAAUUCAGAAUCUUCAAGAGUUCUGCACCAACGGUAUUCGCUCAAUUGAACCUGCGUAUAAUAGCAUGUUGGAGAAAAAGACCGCACAGGGUUUUGUGAGCGACAUUAAAAACACCUCAAGAUUACUGCGUGCUCUUACAUCUGGCACUUUUUUUAAUACUGGCAAUACAAUGAAAAGUCAGAUGUGUACAGCAGACAUUAUUCGGGCUACCGUAUUUUCCAAUAAUAUUACAGAGCAACAACUAAAAGAAGAAUACUGCAAGAUUUCCGUUCUGUAUAGCGUUUUCGAAAAUUUGCGAAGAGUUAAUAUUCGUGUUGGCGCACCUGCUAAUGUGAAUGACCAGGUCACUCUCACCCCUUGGGACGUACAAAUUCUAUUCAGUUUACAAAAAUUAAACAAGGCGGGGAACUGUACUGACAUUGACGCCGUGGUUCAAGACAAGCGUCGCUUUGACGAAUUUCUUGCGAGUUUGAAUAUUUACAACGUGAUACUCAACGCGGAGCUUCGUGCUGCUUCCAAGGAGGCUGAGAAUCCAAACCUUGAUCGUCAGUCAAGUAUGGUCCGGGUUUUGGGUACACUGCUUUCGGAAUGUACUAGCUUGAAGAACUUUUAUCCUAACCUUUCCUUUGAAAUUAAUCGUUUCACUGAUGAGAUUGAUAAAGUAUCGGUUGACGAGCAACAGGAGCUCCCAGAACUAUCGUUACUUUUUUUUGAAACGAUUAAAGCUAUUUUGGAGCUUGAGGGUAAAGUUUUCGCCGAAAGAGGCUCUCUAAAGGAUUAUAAGAUUGUUAUACUUGUUGGGGAAUCCAUUCCUGCUAAUAUUGCUCGCUUAUAUCAAUUUUGUACCAAACUUGAACUUCAAAUAACGACUAGCCUCGACGCAGUAAAAAGAGUUGAACAUUCCGAUUGUGUCGAAAAGAAAAUGAUCAAUCACGAUACGAACAUUUAUUUGUAUCAAACAAAGCGAGCAGAUUUAAGCACUGCUGAGCUCUUGAAAAGAAUCAAAAUCGAGUGA